AUGCAUAGUAUCUCCAUCCCCGUUGGUGACCUUGAGAAGCAGCAGCAAGACAAGGCUCUCGAGAAGCAGAGCGAGUCAACAAGCGAGACUGCCGAGGAAGUGAACCUCACGAUCGUUGUCUGCAAUGGAGAUUCUAGCCACGCACACGAAUCGGCUCAGGUCUCUAUGGCAGUGGAGAGUGAGGAGUCUCCGAAAAAUGCUUGCUUGUCCAGGAACUCCAGUUCUCACGACCAGUGUAGGUCCGCUCCCUCUCUUUUCUUGUCUUCACUGCUCUGUUACUCGGUUUGUCUGCAAGAGAAAGAAGAGGCAUUGAUUGAUCUAGGGUGUCAAUGUCGUGGUGGCCUUGCUAAAGCUCAUAGGUCAUGCAUAGAUAUGUGGUUUCUCACAAAAGGCUCUAACCAGUGCGAGAUCUGCCAGGUAGUGGCUGUCAACGUGCCACCUCCAGAGACCAGACCAAUUACUAAUUACUGGGUUUGGAGGGUUGAUCCUAGCUAUAGACAAGAAGAGCGUGAAAGAGGAUGUUUCAGUCCACUGUGGGUAGCAUUCUCGAUUCUGAUAGGCGGUUUAAUGCUGGAUGUGUUGAUAUCCAUCACACUUGGUGUGUCUGCGCUCCCGGUUAACAUAAUCAUCGGAGUGAUAGUGGUGCUAGGGCUAGGAACAGCGCUAAGGCUGACUUUGGAGUUCUGUUACGAUUGGAGCUUGAGAAGAGCUGUUCACAGGGCAUACCCACCUGCCUUGUCAAUUUGA